GAAUGAGAGAGAGAAAACGAGAGAGAGAGGGAGCUCUAGGCAGUCAGACUGGACGGUUGCUAUAACACUGCAGUCUUUUUUCUUUCCUCCGAGGAGGAAGGUGUCUCUUUAUCCCUCUUUCUCUGUGUCUUUCUCUCUUUCUUGUUCUUCACUUCUUCUGGACAUGACCCUGAAGGGGACUUCACUCUCGUUACCCGCCUAGAGAGGAGGAGGAGAAAACAAACGAGGGGACGCACAGAAGGGAGGCUUGAUUGAACGCACUGCUCAACUGACAGGACUGUGGAAAUGAAGGAAAUGAAUCUACAUCAGAGCUGAGAGAGAGAGGGAGAGAGGGAGCAAAAGGGAGGUGAAAAAGAGAGACGGAGUUGGGCAAGUAGCAGACGGGUUUAAAGCAGCUGCCUCGGAAAGGGAAACCGGGGAAAAACAGAAAGGGGGUUAUAUAGGAGAAAGAACGAACCAGGACAACCGAAGAACGAAUGGGAAAACCUGGGAAAGGACAGUGGUAGAGUGUUCACUUAAAGGGAACCAAAGAAUGCUCUCCUCAGUUUAUUUCGGCAUCCUCUUCUCAUUCAUUCUUUCCUUUCAAUGAUCCCUCACGCAUUCCCCUCAGUGGUGUCUCUUUGUCUGCACGUCUUCCUUCUUUUAACUUUCCUGCAUGUCAGCGAAAGUGAAGCCAAGACCAUGAGCACCGGUGAAUAGCUCCAGCUGAAUGUAGUGCUAGCAAUAGGUUUUAAUGAAGAAGUGGUGAUUGUGUAACAGAGGCCAAUUGGCAAAAGUGAUAGAUAGCAGAGUCUGUUCUUUCUGCCAGAACGCUCCUGCUACAGGAUUUUUAAUGGCACCAGGUGUGACGUAUCCCUCAGCCUACCAGAUUAAAGCAGUUUGGGAAGUGUCAGGUGCUCCUUCCCAGAAUUGUGAGUGUCGGAUUGACCUGUGCUUUGCAGGAAAUGGAAAAAGUAUUUAUUUUGACCAAACGAUAGACAGGUGUUGUUGCAGGAUUAAGGUAAAGAAGAGUGAAGUUCAUACUAUAAGGAGAUAGAAAAACUGGAAUAUUAGAGCUCUGGUAAAAUGAAGGUUAGAAGUAGAGGAACAUUGAAUAAUCACUGAUGACAAUACAACACUGUCAACAAACUGAUUUGACUGGAUGUGUUUUAUUUUAAGCUGGACUAUCCCAGCAGGGGCACAGCGCUUCAGCUUCUGUGUCCGACAACGCUGUAAGCUGGGUAGUUUCUAACUUUAGUGGGCACAGUUGCUAUUUCACAAUACUGGUACCAGAACUAUGACAUUUAUCCACUGAGGACAUGCGAUUUGGACAUUAAUUAGACUUUGUGUCUCUGUUCGUGUCUGCAACAUUAUUGAAGUGACUGUUGUUGGGGCUUUCAAAAACGUUUUGACCGAAGGGGUUGGGACAAAUCUUUGGCUGUUGUUAGCAUCUGAUCCUUGGCUUUCCCAUGAGGCGCUCCAGCACGGACGAGACGCCGUACCGGCGUAGUCCUUCGCUGGACAGCAAGCCCGAGACACCACCCUUCACGUCGGGCUUCCACCGAUACAGCAGCGACUAUGAGUAUAAGCGCCCUCCCUUUGCGUUCGGCUUUCACACGACGCCGGGGCCUCAGGCGGCUAAAGGGCGCUACACUACCUCACAAGGGAAGAAAUAUGUGGUGUUUUACCUGGACCUGUCCUUCAUCUUCCUCCUAGAGCUGCGGCGCUGCAGAAUGGCAGAGGGCUGUAUGAGAGGCCUGCGCUAUGGCAUGGUCUUCUUCAAUCUCCUCUUCUGGCUGGGGGGAUGUGGAAUACUGGGCGUUGGGGUAUGGCUGUCGGUGACCCAGGGAAACUUUGCCACACUCUCCUCAUCCCUCCCAUCUCUCUCAGCAGCCAAUCUGCUCAUCGCAGUAGGAACUAUCAUCAUGGUGAUUGGUUGCCUAGGCUGUGUCGGAGCUGUCAAAGAAAGUCGUCCGCUGUUGCUGAGCUUCUUCAUCCUGCUUCUUCUGAUCUUUUUCUUGGAGAUUCUGUCCAUCGUGCUCUUUUUUGUCUACCAAGACCAGAUUGAUCACUACGCCCAGAGGGAUUUGAAGAGGGGACUCCAGCUCUUUGGCACUGAGGGCAACGUGGGCUUGACCAACGCUUGGAUGAUCGUUCAAACUGAUUUCCGCUGCUGUGGAGUGACCAACCACACGGACUGGUUUGAAGUGUAUAACACCAGCCGUGUGCCGGACUCCUGCUGCCUUGAGUACAGUGAUAACUGUGGACUCGAGAACCCGGGGACCUGGUGGACUGCGCCAUGCUACGAGAGGGUGAAGGACUGGUUACAAGAGAACCUUGUGGCACUGUGGAUCUUUGCCUUGUGCACUGCACUCACACAGAUUCUGGGAUUGGUCUUCUCUAUGACAAUGUUCUGCCAAGCAAUCAAAGUGGAAACUUUCUACGCCUAGCAUUUUCACCUUUUUUGCUUCAAGGGACCUCUGACCAGAGCAAGAGGGAGGCACCCUCCCAAACUCCACUCCAACAGACUCUUUCCAUCCCUUGUAUAUUCUGUGAAAAACCGUCUUCAGUGACGCUAUCGCCUACCAAUCCUCAUGUAACAUCUUCACAAUGUCCCUGUACAUGUUAAAGAACCACAGUGUUCAUUCUGGAGCUGAUGGGCAGUUUUUGCUCAAUGAAAUGUUCUUUGCUCAUUUGUGGUCAAUAUAUAAAUGUAAUAUACAGACAUAUAGAGACGUAAUCCUUUUUUAAAGAUACUGUGUUUUAAGUUAUUUGGAAGCAUUCUAUGAUCAGUAAGCAUUUGAAAAUGAGGACCUAUGAUGCAGACCAAGAGUACAUUUGUGCAUUAAGAACGCCAUGCAAGUACUUAAGUGCAUGGCUCUUUUAAUGGUGUUAAUUAAAUGUAUGCUUCGCCUAAAUAGUCUUGGCUUUGAGUUUUUUUUUUUAUUCUCCUUACAGUAAACUGAAAAGAAUGGUAACAUUGACCUCAUAGUACUUGCUCAAUGAAGAGUUAAUAUGCAUGGAAAAAUAUAAAUACAAUAUCAAUACAGCAACUACAAACAGGUGUAUGUAUUCUCCACCACAAAGUAGACAAAAACAAACACCAUCAUGUUCUCUUACAAACUUACAAAGGUAUCUCUAAUGACUGGAUCAGUAAACACAAAAGGAAGAAAUCUUCAAACAAUGCCUUUUCUGCUUCGUUAAAUACAGUAAGUAAAUAGUAAAUAUCAGACUAAUAACCACUAGCAGUUUUAUGACCAAUCCUCACUCAUUCACUACAGGCAGCCUGAGGUUAUAGUAAAAAUGUUUACUUGUUAUUUGAACAUUGAACCAAUGUCCACACUUCUCAGCCCUAGUUCUCACCACAUCAAAGAACCUUGCUAGAAUUGAUUUCAACCUUUUUCUAGUAAGUAGAUUUGCAAUGUAAGAUCAGAGACAGUGUUAUUGUUUUGAUUAGCCUAAGGGCGGAGUGAAACAUGUACCUUAGUCUAAAAGGAGAGUUCACUUAAUAUAACUGGCUUUUCAAAUUCUAUUUCAAAGUCUAUUGGUGUACAUUUUCUACUUAAAAAUGUUGUGGAGUGACCCGUAUAUUGUGCAAACCUUUGUUCCCUUCCCCUCAUAGGAUCCAUAAUUCAUUCCCAUGUUCACUUGCUUUCUCCCAUCCUUCGCUUGAUCAAUAAAACAUAGGCCUACUGUAUACACA